CUCGUUCUCACUCCUGAUUGGUCCAGACGGUUACUCCUUUCCGGUCGCGGACUGCCACCUCCUCCUGUCGUGGUGAAGUGACGAACAUGGAGACAGCUGGGAAAGUGAUCAAGUGUAAGGCUGCUGUCGCCUGGGAACCUGGGAAACCUCUGUCCAUUGAAGAGGUGGAGGUGGCCCCACCGAAGGCCCAUGAAGUUCGCAUCAAGCUCUUUGCUACAGGUGUGUGUCACACAGAUGCAUACACCCUGAGCGGAAGUGACCCCGAGGGACUUUUCCCAGUCAUCUUGGGUCACGAAGGUGCUGGAACAGUGGAGAGUGUCGGUGAGGGUGUCACCAAGUUCAAGCCAGGUGAUACCGUUAUCCCGUUGUAUGUGCCUCAGUGUGGUGAAUGCAAAUUUUGCAAAAAUCCUAAGACCAACCUAUGCCAGAAAAUUAGGGUAACCCAGGGCCAAGGUCUGCUCCCUGAUAAGACAUCACGUUUCACUUGCAAGGGAAAGCAAGUGUUUCACUUCAUGGGGACCAGCACUUUUUCAGAGUACACUGUCGUUGCUGACAUCUCUCUGGCCAAAGUGAAUGAUAAGGCAGCUCUGGAUAAGGUGUGCCUUCUUGGAUGUGGUAUUUCCACAGGUUACGGAGCUGCUAUUAACACUGCCAAGGUUGAGCCUGGCUCCACAUGUGCCAUAUUUGGCCUUGGAGCUGUUGGCUUGGCUGUUAUCAUGGGCUGCAAAGCUGCCGGGGCAACCAGGAUUAUUGGUGUCGACAUCAACCCUGAGAAGUUUGAGAAAGCCAAGGAGUUUGGAGCCACUGAGUGUGUGAAUUCCAAGGAGCACAACAAGCCCAUUCAGGAAGUGCUGGUGGAGAUGACCGACGGGGGAGUGGAUUACUCCUUUGAGUGUAUCGGAAAUGUGCAUGUCAUGAGAGCUGCUCUGGAGGCAUGCCACAAAGGUUGGGGUGAGUCGGUUAUCAUCGGUGUAGCCGGAGCUGGGCAGGAGAUCUCAACAAGACCAUUCCAGCUGGUCACAGGCCGAGUGUGGAGAGGCACAGCCUUUGGAGGCUGGAAGAGUGUGGAGAGUGUCCCUAAACUGGUGGAAGACUACAUGAAUAAGAAGCUGAAGGUGGACGAGUUUGUUACCCACACUCUGCCUUUUGACAAGAUUAACGAAGGGUUUGACCUCAUGCAUGCAGGAAAGAGUAUCCGCACAGUGCUGACUUUCUGAUGUGCCUAAAGCUGUUCCGUCCUUCACAUCCAGCCUUUAACCAAGAUUCGUCUUUAGCUGUAGUACUUAUCUCUGUGAUAACACCCUUUCAGUAUUAGAUAUUUUGUAAUUAACAUCAGGAAUCUAUGUUGGAAGCUAAAGAAUCUGAUAAAUGUUUUUCAAAGUGUG